GCCCGGUAUAUAAUCGCGAAACCUCUAUCUGUAUCUUGAAAAUUCCCUCCCUCCCUCCCUCCCUCUUUCUCUCUACAACAGAACCAAUACGUCGAUCUUUUGGUCUUCCAGUCUUAAGACAACAAUGGCGAACGAGAAAUCGGUGAUGGCUGUGAUUAGAGCAGCGAGGCCUUCCUUUAAAAACAAGCACGACAAGGUCGCUUUCGCUGUUCACGCCGCUUUCCUCGCAAGUGGCUACGCUCUCACCGCCACUGGUCUUGCCGCCUUCUCCGAAUCUGCUGCCCUCUCUGCUCCGUCAACUAAUGAGGUAGGAACUGAAAAUUGGAAUGAGGUAGAUGGAGAAUAUGCAUUCGUGUAUGUAAAUCCUGAUAAAGAAGGAAAGAGGGUGAUACUGAAGUGUUUGGCUUUGAAUGGGAAAUUGGCGGUUAGUGCCAUAUCUGAUGGGAUUUCGGAGCCGGUCAAUCUCGAAAUCGAUGUUGGGGAUUAUGUUGCGGAGAGUGAAGGUACAAAUUACUCGGAGCAGUAUAGGAACUUGGACAAGAUUUAUAAGAAACUGGAUGAAGAAAUUUUGUCUAAAUUGGAUGGCUCUUCUACUUCUUCUUUGAAAGCGAGUUCAUCAGGCAACCGUAAUGGGCGAGAAGCAAGGCAGGGAUCAAGACAGAAUAAUGAAACUGGUGUUGGAUUUUCUGAACCUGCUAGCCCUCAAAUUCCUCUUCCGGGAUAUGUAGUUCCUCCAGUUCCUGUAAAUCCAAUGAGCGAUCUUUAUCCUGGAGCUGGAGCUGGAAUGUAUCCAACAGGGGCUGGCAGAGGUGGGGGCAUGCUUAUAGGGCCUGAUGAUCCUAGCUGGUCUGGUUUAUUUGGUGAUGACCCUGGUUUCCUUGGGAGACAACCUGGCGUUCCUCCAGGUGCUCGGUUUGAUCCCUUUGGCCCUCCUGGGGUACCUGGUUUUGAGCCCAAUCGAUUUACCAGAGGCCCACGAAGGCCUGGGAGCAAUAUUCAUCCAGACCUUUCACCAAUGGGGAGGGAUCCUGAUUUUAUUUAGGCAUGUCCUGGCUGUCUUAUUAUCUUUCCUGUCCCAUUUCUUUUUUGGUUUGUGUGGAUGUGAUAAAUGGUAAAAAAAAAGGUAGUUAUAAAAGAUAUGCUCCUUGCGGAUAGGGUUUCCUUCCAACUUUUCUGUUUCUAUGCAUGGAACAAAGGACAUUUUGUAUAUUACUAAGUGAGAUUUUGGCAUGUACAUUUGUCCUUUCA